UUGAUGUGGAAAGAGAGCCAACACAAUGGACAGGACACGCCUACUGAGUGUUGCUGUCUGCCUUCUUGUCCUGGCAACUCUUUCAUUUGCACAAGGGACAUCGCCACCAAAGAUAACGGGACAGUCACCUUCCUAUUAUGUGGUAUUACCAAAAGAGCCGACAGAAAUCGAAUGUGUGGCAGAAGGGAGUCCAGAGCCAACGUACCACUGGCAGAAAGACGGUGCAGAUUUGGAAAUCACAGGCGUGUAUGCCCUUAAUGGAGGCAACUUACAAGUACGACGGCCGACUGAAGCGACCAAUGGGAUAUACAGAUGUUACGCCAUCAAUGCGUAUGGGGUGGCCAUGUCGAACAAGAUCGACUUCCAGAUCGCCUUCACUGAUGCAUUCGUAGACAAGGUGAAGAAAACCUACACCUUUCGCGAGGGCGACGUGGCCACCAUCUCCUGCAACCAGCCGGACAGCGUGCCACUUCCCUCUAUCUUCUGGACGGACGAUGCCAAUCCCGGCAACGACAUUCCCCUGAACAACCGCGUCAGCAUCGACCCCAACUUCAACCUGCGGUUCUCUAACAUCAAAACGACGGAUACCGGCAACUACCAGUGUAACGUCAAGAACGAGAAGACGCGACUGCAGCUCUUGUCCCCAGUCAAGGAGGUUGUGGUCAUGGCAGUUGAACACAUUGAACACAGGCCGGCCACAUUUGUCUACACUCCGCCAGCUUCAGUGGAUGCCUUCCGCAGGGAGAAGCUUCGUCUGAAAUGCAUGGCCGAAGGAUAUCCAACACCAGAUAUCACUUGGGCGAAAGACGGCGAGUCGCUGCCUGUCGAUCGCACGACCUAUGAGAGCUAUGGCCAGGAACUGGUCAUCAGUGAUGUAAUGGCGUCAGACGUUGGCUCCUACACGUGCACGGCUAGCAACGGAGGUGGUACCCCUACCGCUUUCACCAUCACUGUCACUGUAAAGUCAAAACCAUAUUGGGAGAACAAACCAGAGGACACAAACAUUGUGAUCAAUGAGGGCGGUGUGUUAGAUUGCUCAGCUGAGGGCAUCCCGGUUCCCAUGGUAACCUGGCUUAUUAACGGUGUGCCCUAUAAAGAGGCAGAGGCCAAUCCUCGUCUCACCAUCACCGAGGGUAUCGGAGGGGGCAGGGUAGAAUUAGCAAAUGCCAUUACGGAGGAUAGCGCCGUCUUCGUGUGUGUAGCAUCCAACGAGUAUGGCGAGAUAUUCGCCAGUGGCUUCGUCAAUGUGGAAUCAAUCCCGGCUGAAAUGACCGAUGCACCCCAGCGAAACCUGAACAGCAUCGAAGGCAGAGCCUUUGACUUGACCUGCGCAGGGCAAGGCUCGCCGAAGCCUACCAUCCAGUGGACAUUUCAAAACAAUCCGAUUGUCCAUGGUGAAUUUAAGUACAGCAUCGUGGAAGAUGGCAAUACGAGAAGCACAACCAGCACUCUGACAGUCACAGGAGUGGCUGUGGAAGAUAGCGGCGACUACAAGUGCAUUAUUGAGAACGGCUUUGUAGCAGUGGAGGCCACAUCAACGGUGAAUGUCAGAAGAGGUACAACAAUCGUCGUGGGUCCAGGGGCUGAGGUGAGUGUAGAGCUGGGUACAGACGCCAUCAUUGCAUGCGAGGUAGAUCAAGAUGCCGCGCUGGAACCCACAGUUACCUGGUACCGUAACGUUGGAGCCGGCGAAGAAGAGCUGGACCUGACGGUGCCGGGCGGACGCUUCCGACGGGCCAAAACGGGCUCGGACUACCUGAAAGUGAUGGCUACUGUUGUGGAGGACACUGGAACGUACAAGUGCAAAGCUGUGACAUCUGAAGACGAGGCCUCAGCAGCCACAGAGCUGGUCAUUAAGACUGUACCAGCCCCUCCGUCGAAACCGAUAGUCAGCAAGCGCUCUGACAUCUCCGAUACCAUGGUUGCUGUGGCGUGGUACAGUGGGGACGACGGCAACUCCCCAAUCACUGAUUACAUUGUCUCACGCAUGACCAACUUCCCCGACCUUGGCUGGGUAGUUGAGUCUACUGUGCCAGCUACCUCCAACCAGGCUUCCUUAGACCUCUCCCCCUACGUCACCUACCGGUUCCGCGUGGUGGCCGUCAAUGCUAUCGGAGAGUCUCAGCCCAGCGAGUUGUCUGAUGAGUACACGACUGCAGCCGCAGCUAUCACUAAGACCCCAGAGGAGGUGGGACUUGAAGCCACGGAUCCUGGCAAGUUGAGUGUGACAUGGCCGGAAGUGCACCCGUAUGACCAGAACGGCCCCGGAUUCACGUACGUGAUAAGAUGGAAGGAGCCAGACGCCGAGAACUGGAACGAGGAACUCGUUGAGGACUACAGGACGACCAGCUACGAGAUCGAUGACGGUGAUAUCUACAAAGAGCUGGAGGUGCAGGUGGUGUACAUGAAUGACCUAGGGGAAGGACCAGCUUCAGAAAAGUCAGGUUUCACUGGAGAAGGAACUCCUACGAAAGCACCACAGAAUGUACAGGUGAUCGCUGACAGCCCAACGGAAGUCGUCCUAACCUGGGAUGAAGUGCCUGCCUCGUCUAUUAAGGGCAUGCUCCAGAAGUUCCUGGUUUACUAUACCAUGGUAGAGGCACAGGCCCAGGGCCAGGAGCCUGCAGAGUGCCUGCCCAACACAAACUGUCGUGUGGGCGACCUCACCCCGUACAUGAACUACCAAUUCCAGGUGGCGGUCCGAAAUGGUCAACGUGAGGGCGAAAAGUCGGCUCCUGUCUCAUUUCAGAUGCCUGAAGGAGAGUCUGGACCUGUAUUUGGUAUGUCUAUUGUCCCACUGUCUGACCGCAUCCUGGUGAAGUGGGGCAAGCCGGCUUCCCCCAACGGUGUCAUCAACGGAUACUACCUCAGCUUCAACCCCUUCGAUUGGAUUGAUUUGGGAGAGGAGACCAGAGUUCCCAUUGGGGACCCAGAGGCCGAUUCCUACAAGGUGGAGUCCGCACAGCCCGACACCAACUACCGCAUCUCAAUCUACGCCACCAACGGGUAUGGCCUCGGCCAAGCGAACACCCAGGAGGUCACGACGCGAGUUGGUGGAGUGCCACCCAAGCCUCUUUUCGCUGAUGCCCAGAUCGCGCCCGGAAGGACGUACAUUAACGUGACCUUUAUCCAAAAGGACGAGGGCGCCGCAGCCAACGAGUUCUACGUUUUGUACAAGGAAGCACACGACGAAAAUGCGGACUUUGCGGAGACUCAGCGCGUGGACCUGCUAGAUGGAAACACGACCACGGUUCCUGGCCUGGAGCCUGGCACAGAGUACACCCUGCGGAUUGUGGCUGUCAAUGAUCAAGGAGAGGUAGCCGGAAACGACGAAAAGGCCAGGACAAUUGCAGACGCACGGUGCACUCCAAGGGCGUUGGGGAUGGAAAAUAGAAACAUCCCGGACAACAGCAUAACGGCAUCGUCCGUCCAUAGUAGUAGCUAUCUCCCAAGCACCGCUCGACUUAAUGUAGGAACCCAAGGAUGGGUACCAAGCACUCCAGCAGAUCAGUGGAUUCAGGUUGACCUGGGUAAACCCACGACGGUUACCGGGCUCACCAUGCAAGGACACCUCAGCGUGACCUGUUGUCAUGUCAGGGCGUUUUCAGUCCAGCACAGCCUCACAGCUGAGUUAGAUGACUGGCAGAGUUUAACCAAUGCUGACGGUGGAGCAAUCAGAUUCAACUUAACCAGUGGUCGGCCAACGAAUGUCACUUUUCCUGUGGUACCCACAGCAAGGUUUAUUCGCAUACUACCCCUGGCCUGGACUAAUCAAUACUACAGAGUGAGGUUCGAGGUAUUCGGGUGCCAAGUGCAAGUCCCAGAUGGUAAUGUAAGGUUGGUGAAUGGCACUGACGCUUGGAGUGGCCGUGUGGAAAUCUACCAGCACGAUACAGCAUCCUGGGGAGCGGUGUGCGGUAAAGACUGGGGGAUAAACGACGCCAACACGGUGUGCCGUCAGCUGGACCUCGGUGCAGCAAUCCAGGCCAACACAGCCUCAGAAUACGGGAGAGGUGACCUGCCGAUCAUGAUGAGCCGAGUCGCUUGUGAGGGGACGGAGAGCCGACUGGCCGACUGCCCGUUUGUCAGCACCAAGUACCAGCAGUGUGAAAGCUCAAACGUUGCCGGAGUAGUUUGCAAAUCCAAACUAAAUACUGUUCGGUUGGUGGGAGGACUCAAUGACUUCAGUGGUCGGGUGGAGAUCUUCCGAGACGACACAUGGGGAACGAUCUGCGACCGAAACUGGGACAUCAGGGAUGCCGGGGUGGUCUGCCGACAACUCGGGUUCCCCAGCGCCGUGGAGGCCAAGUCCGGAGCGCACUACGGGGAAGGAAGCGGACAAGUCCACAUGGAGGGCGUGGCCUGUACUGGCUCGGAGGAGGAACUCGAUGACUGCCCGUCCCUUAGCUGGACAGCAUCCACCUGUAGCCACAGCCGAGAUGCCGGGGUCAUCUGCAGUGUCGAAACUAGCGGUUCUGAAGAAAAUAACCCUGAGUGAUGAUACUAUUGACAACCAGCUUCAUGCAGUGCCUGCGAUAGCCCUGCUUAUAGACUACAAGUGCAUGUGUAUGGUUACUCCGUUGUGUAUUAAAUGUAUCACUUAAUUCGUAGUGUAAUCACCUUCAUCUUGUGCCAUUGCUAUUAAUUUUGAUGUCUCAUUAGGUAAGCUAGUAACAAAAAGAUUGCCACUUAGGUUAUUGUUGUUGUUGGUUUUUUUGUUUGGCGUGCCAUGCCCCAAAAGAUGGUUAAUACCUUAUGCAGGACCAGGGUAUUUCGGGUCGUCUAAGCCGAUUUCCCUGAAAUUUGGCAGGAAUAUUGGUUUUCAAUCAAAUGCUUCCAAAUUUUACUCAACAAUUUUUGAGGUCAAUAUUCGUUCAGUCAAUACACGUUUGGGCAUCCACAGUUACCGCUAGAGGGCGGAAUACAAAAUUCGGGGCAACAUCAUUUAGUCAUUUUGUCGCAAGGUUGAAUCUUUCUACCAAAAUCGGCAGAAAAGAAAGGUGAUAUUGCAUAAUAUUGGGAUGUACAUUUUUUUAUGAAAAUAAACUUUAUAAAAAAUAUCCCAAAACUUGGAGGCGAAAAGGUAAAAAUAAAAGUUGCUUUUCGCGCCAGUGGGAGCCGGCCAUGUUGGCCAAGCAUGCCGAUGUUGUUACUUUUUUCGAUUGACGGAAAAAUAUUAAAUCUCUCAGUCAGACUCAGUCCGAAAAGGGCUUUAGGUCAAUGGUUUCCCCGCGGCUACGGACCAUUACGUUAGGAUCAUGAUGGUCCCAGCUUGAGCGUUCGAUUAGCACAUUUCUCUUGGCUAACCCGUCUGCCUUUAUUACCCGAGUCGAUCCGGAUAAGCUACUCGAACGCAUCCCAUAAUUAAGAAAAUUCACCAAAUUUCACGCUGACCUGAUAAGGUUUAAAGAAAGGAAAACAGAGAAAAACGAAAUUCACUUAAUACAAUGUUAUUGACUUUUUAUGUCAUUUAAUGAGAACAGAUUUGGGUUCCUAUUUGUUAAAUAAGAAAACAAAUGCAUUCACAAUCAAUAGUGCUGAUGGCCCAAGCACAGGUAUUUUUCCCUUCAUUUAAUAAAACUGAAGUAGGUCACACUUUUGGAUCGAAUGAGACAUACUGUGCU